AUGCAUGUGAGCUACCUUUUGGAAAAAGAAGCCAGCAUGUAUCCGGGAUCUGUAAGGUGCAGCAACAACAGCAGCAGCAACAACCUGCCAGCACAAAACUUUGCCUCCACGACCCCCUACACAGAUUACAUGGGAUACCAUCAUGUGCAAACGAUGGACAACCGUGGCCAGCCGUCGGGGUCUUGGGGAUCACACUACGGCCUGCAGAGGGAGGACUGGAAUGCAUAUGGCCCGCCAGGACCUUCCAGCACGGUGACACCCACGCAAGUGAACGGAUCGUCUCCCGGGCAGGUUUCCUACAGUUCGGCCGAUUACAGCUCCCUCAAUCCCACUGGAUCGGGGGCUUUGCCUCCUGUAGAUACUAUUAAUACAGAGCAACUCUCUCCCCACAGUCAAAGACACAGCUCUUACGAAUGGAUGAGGAAAACAGUCCAGUCCACUUCAACAGGUAAAACAAGAACCAGAGAGAAGUAUCGUGUUGUUUACACAGAUCACCAGAGAUUAGAACUGGAGAAGGAGUUUCAUUACAACAGAUACAUUACAAUCAGGAGGAAGUCUGAACUGGCUGCAAACCUAAGACUUUCUGAGAGACAGGUAAAAAUCUGGUUCCAAAAUCGAAGAGCCAAGGAAAGGAAGCUAAUGAAGAAGAAAAUGACAAAUUUUGACGGCAGCAGCCUCAGUUCAAUCCAGAGUGACUCUGGUUCCAUGAGUCCUAUCCCACUUCCUGACCCCCAGACUCAUCCAGAAAUGGCUGGUACUUUAUUUCCGCCACCGCCCCCUCCUCCUCCCCCACCUUCUCUUCCAAUGAAUGGCUUGCAACACAAUGGGAAUCUUCAGCCAUCUCAGUAGGGCCAUAUUCCAUCUCAUGCAGAACAUGAUAACCCAGGGAGUACACGGAGCACUCCAGUUCACAAAGGGGUGGCCAGAGCUGUUGGCAAGAGACCCCUGGCAUCACAACAGCCAUCUGCUACGUACAGAGAACCUCCUUUCAAAUACAACAGCCUGUAGAACAACAGAG